AGGUACCGUUGCGUUCGAGGAAUCUCCGUUGAUGAUACACAUAACGCCACACGAUACAAUCUCAAGCUGGCGACGGUUACGGUUUUGAACGAGAGGGACACGGGUGUUCCAGCAGGUGGACGAAAUUCAGUUACUAUAGAUGAAUCCACCUUCCUACUCAGUGGGACCAUGACUUCUGCAGAUGUAGAGAAACUUUUUCACGAAAUCCAAAGCGUGGUACCCGAAUUCAAUCUCAAGCAAAUAUUUACCGACGAAGCGCCGUGCUUUUACAACGGUUUCCGCUUGGUGUUUCCUCAUUCGCAAUCCAAACUUCACUACUGCAGAUGGCACAUUGAGAGGACGUGGCAGAGAAACGCAGUUGAAUUAAUUGAGGGAGUUUAUGAAAUUAUUAUAAUUAUCAGUGAUGCGCCUCAAAUCCAUAAUAGAUUGAAGAAGAUGCUGAGAGAUCUCUUCAAGAUGGAAGAGCUGCCCGCGUUCCAAAUCGGGGGCCAGGGUCACAUGGAGGAUUACUUGAGGCGGAACUAUCUGGGUACAAGGCUUAAUUGUGAUAAUUGCUCCUCAACUUAUAGAAACCCUGUA